AUGGCGUCCAAAUCAAUAUGCAGCCGCUGCUUGAGGCUUGCUCUUCCAGUCAAACCAUCUACCGUCAACCAGAGCAUAGCCAGACGGGCUUUCACGUCCAGCGCAACGAAGCAGCCUUCCAACGCCCGGAAGCUUCACCAGUCGACGAAACAGAAUGCUUCUCCAGCAGUAGAGCCUGCACGGCAGACCUCUCAGAGCAUACCGCCGUACACAAGCGAACGCAACCAACAACAUGAAGAACAACCGAAAGUUCUCUUGCAGCCGAACAACCUCUUCCACUCCUUCACGAACUCGCCCUCUCCCCAAAUACGGAAACGAGCAGCGUUCAUGCGCCAAAAUGCGUACUGUCCACACCCUGAACAUCAGGCCACAAGGAUGCCAACAUCUCCCCAUGAUCUGGAAGCAAGAAAGACGGGCACAAUGCCUCCUGCACACGUACGCUUUGAAUGUCCGGAUUGUGGGAUUCCUGUCUCAUGCAGCGAGCAACACUUCGUGAGCGACUAUGAAAAUCACUUGGAGAUAUGCGAUAUACUACGAGAGAUCAACGAGGAUGAUCAUGACCUUGUGAGCGGGCGCUUCUUCCCGGAGUUCGAAUACCCAGGCCCACAGAUGGAAGAGGCGCAGGUUAACAUGACGAACUGGGACACGUUGAUGUACAGCCGUGAGUUCACGGCCAUCAACGAUGAGAGAAGUAUGCGGCAGGUGACACGGCUGCUGACAUACCCUGUCACUAUUGGUAGCGUGCUGCAUGAGCUGAGUCCAUACGGUCUCAAGGACAGACUGACACCGGAGGGUUUGAGAUCACUAAGUGCGCUUCGCUACACUCUCCAUCCACCACGAUCAGGCGCAGGUAUCGACAUCAAAGGUCUCCGACCCAACGCCCCACCAGUCCGACUCUUCCUCCUAGGAGCCCGUGCAGAAUCCAGCUUGCCCCGAGAAGUAUGGAUCCAGCUAUCAUACCUCUUCCCACAAGCAACAUUCCACCUGAUCUUCAUCGGCCCCGAAUCAAUGCAAAAUCGCGACGCCGAAUUUCCACUCCCAGAACGCACACCAUCGAAUCCAUUCGGAGCGAUUGUUGAGGACCGAGGGUUAGGUGGCCAGAUGAAGAUCUCGACCUACGUUGAGUACUUCCACACCCUCCACCAGGCUCAGCACUUCUACCCAUACGAUCCCUACUUCGACGCCUUCGUCCUCUUCCAUCCUGGUCUCGGCCACCCAGCCUCAUCGCACGAGUGGGCUGAAACCCUUCCCCAACUUCUGGAGACCAAAGUGCCCAUCAUCUGCACUGGUUACACUGAGUUCGACAUGCAGAGAGACAUCGACUGGGUGACGAAGCAGGCUGGAGGCGAGAUGGACUUGCUACUGCAACCAGGCGAGAACCGCUUCCGGAGUUUGAGAUGGGAUCUGAACGACUUGGACCCUGGCGAUGUGAGCUGCGGCAACUGGGGCGUCUGGGGCUUCAGAGGAAAGCGAUACGAGACGGACGAGUACCGCGGUCGUCAGGAGGAGCAAUAG